AUGAAGUUCAUUGUUCUUUCCUUGGUACUUUUCAUUUUGGUCAAAUGUGAUGGUAAGUGAUAAACUAUGCUUUUUUUACUCACCUUUAACCUGAAGUUUACCGCAAUGUAACCAACAGCACGGGUGCGGGAACAAAAAUUUUUGUCAUUUACGUUUAUCACCUUUGAAUGAUAACAUCUCUCUCGUCGUCAGCGUCGAUGUCUAUGAAAUGUCAUCAGGAGGUGUGGUUUUGAUGUUCCUCCAGAGUAAUUGCUCCACCCCAGUCUAAAUUGUCUAGCUCUUCAGGGAUUUUUCUUGAAUAGCGACCCUCAUCCAUGUUCUAGCUUCCGAUUUUUCUUAAGAGCCCAAAAAGUGUAUGUCGUAGAUAGGUCAGUAUUGAAUCACUACUGCUCUCUCGGGGUCAAGCAUAGGUAAGUAAGGCACUUGUAAGACAAUAAUAUCACGUCAAACUGAUCUUGAUGUUUACAGGUGGAAAACAAAAAGCUGCCGUGGAUUCGCACUUUGAUGACUGUGAAGAUUUACUCGAGACCGCAACCUACCAGACCCACACUCUUAUGGAGUUACUUUACACUUUCAAUUGUAAGCCUCUUGGGUGGGAAGGUUUUUUUGAUCGGGCAGACGUCAUGCAAAUGAUGGAAGUCAUCUCCAAGCAAAUUCAGUACGACUCUCAAGUGGAGAACUAUGGAAUCAACCCAGAUAUAGGAAAUGUUUUUAGAGCGUUUAAUAUGGUUUCACCCGAAGAACUCAGGGCAGUGAUUUUAGGUCAAGAUCCAGCUCCUCAGCCCGGUCUAGCGACAGGCCUCGCUUUUAGUUUGGAUCCCUCGGUGGACCCUUCAGAGGUUCCCAGUGUGCAGAGAGUGAUCCUAGAGGCCCGCAACGGGGGAUACUGUGUUAAUGCUUCAGAUGGUGUCUUGGUUAAAUGGGCCGAAGAAGGCGUCCUCCUGCUCAAUACAGCGUUGACCCUGAUCCAAAACGAAAUUGGCUCUCACCUUGAGCUUUGGGAGAAUUUCACUCAGGCAGCUAUUGAUUACACCAACGAAAACACCAAUCCAUCGGUCUGGAUUCUCUGGGGAUCUCAUGCAAAAGCUUUUGAGAGCAGUAUCGAUAAGAGCAAGCACUACAUUCUGAAGGGAGGCCACCCAUCUCCAAAAGCAGAUGGAAAAUACUUCUUCUGUCAUAAUUAUUUCGCCUGUGCCAGUGAGUGGUUGUGUGAGAAAGGGCGUGGUAUGAUAGAUUGGAACCUACUUCCUCUACCUUGCCAAAAGCAUGCAAGCCGUCUUUACCACAGGAUAUACGAAGACCCGGGUUAUUGCAAUGGGGAUCUUUGUGAAAUGUGGUACUGUCCAUAUUAA